AGAGGGGAGGGGGCUUAACCUCCGACGGGGGGGCGGUGACAUGUCUCUCGAAGACCCGUUUUUUGUAGUCCGAGGGUGAGUGACUGAUGGGGGAGGGCAGAGGGUGCCCGGGCCCCUGCCAGCCAGUGCCCGGAUGCGGGCCGCAGCGUGCCAACCGGUCCGGGGGUGCGCGGGUCGGGAUCGCCCGGUGGCCGAGUGAAAGAGGUACGCAGGGGGAUGUGGAGGUCCCCUGAACCGCACCCCCCUCAUUUGGGGGCGCAGCAAAGGGCGGGAGACCCGCCUGCUCCCAGCCGCGCCCGCUGUGCCCCUGCCUGCAGCGAGGUGCAGAAGGCGGUAAACACAGCCCGCGGGCUGUACCAGCGCUGGUGCGAGCUCCUGCAAGAGGGCGCAGCGGUCGGACGCGAGGAGCUGGACUGGACGACCAAUGAGCUGCGGAAUGGCCUGCGUAGCAUCGAGUGGGACCUCGAGGACCUGGAGGAGACCAUCGGCAUAGUGGAAGCCAACCCAGGCAAAUUCAAGCUCCCAGCUGGGGACCUGCAGGAGAGAAAGGUGUUCGUGGAGCGGAUGAGGGAGGCAGUCCAGGAAAUGAAGGACCAUAUGGUCAGUCCAGCAGCGGUAGCCUUCAUGGAGAGAAAUAAUAGAGAGAUGCUAACAGGCAAGCCAGCCACCCAGAAGUCAUCCAGUGACCUGCUAGAUGCCAGCAUGGUCUCAGCCACCUCCCGCUACCUUGAGGAGCAGCAGGCUACGCAGCAGCUGAUCAUGGACCAACAGGACCAACAGCUGGAAAUGGUGUCUGGGAGCAUCCAGGUUCUGAAACACAUGUCCAGCCGCGUUGGAGAGGAGCUGGAUGAACAGGGCGUCAUGCUGGAUGCCUUUGCUCAUGAAAUGGACCACACCCAGUCACGGAUGGAUGGGGUCCUCAGGAAGAUAGCCAAAGUAUCCCACAUGACAAGUGACCGCCGACAGUGGUAUGCAAUUGUGGUGCUGUUGGGAGUGCUUCUCCUGGUUCUCAUCCUGCUCUUCUCUCUCUGACCCUGGCUAUCUCCAGGGGGCUGAUCUCACAAGCUGGGGGAGCUGGUACGGCCCUGCCCCCUAGGAGAAGGGGGUCACACUGGGGGAGCUGUCCCAAGCCUCUUACCUAAAGCCAGUGGGACCCUCGGUGCCCUGGGUCAGAGCCUCUGCCAUGGGUCCUCUUUCAAGUGCGCUUAAGGAUUGGUGGAGGUAGGAGGACCACAGAACUCCUUGCUCCAUUUCUAUUUUCAGUGCCCCAAAGCCAUUCAUUUGCCCCCGUGCCUUCUACAUGUGCCACCUUGGAAAUAAAAUUCCAGCCUUUUUUAUACAUAUUAUAUGGUAUGUUGACUCGAACUUGUGGCUGCCUCCUGAAUGGGAACUCUUUAAUUCUAAGCCAGUUUGUAUGCAUUAUAGCCCGGGUGGGGUGUGUGUGUGUAUGUGUGUACAUGUGUGUUCAUGUUAUAGAUUUCAGUGGUCAGUAUUGGGGGCAGAAAAGACUGUUCUGGUUUAUUUCUUGGUUUUCAUGAUGGAUAAUUUGAUUACAUUUGAAAAUUUCAAACCGUGAAUCUUUCUU